CUCAUCAAUUACAAACCAUUAACUUUAAUUACCGGCUUACGUUGAAACCUGUGCAGGUAGUUUAAUCUGAAAGUGUAUUUUACACCUGUCAAUCAAAGAGAAUACAGGUGCUAUAACAAAGCCAGCGCUUCUACUGGUGGUCCAUAACGCCGAACGUUAUACUACAGGUGAAAUCUAAAUACACAGUUCGUAUUCAGGUGCAAAUGGAUGAUCCUCUAUCUAUAUUGGUGCAUGGACAUUGUUGAUUACAUUUUAUACUUUGAUAAACAUGGAUUCGCCCGCUGAUCGAAUUUCUCUGUUGUUGGAUUCCUUAAAAUCAGAUUUGAAAGCAAUGAGAACACAAGAUGUUAAACUAAUGAAACAAUUGAUCGGAAUUAACGAAUCUAUCCGGAAUCUGACAAAGUCCCGACAACAGCGGCCCAGUACGGGGGCCAGAGUCGUGUCCACAUCGGACUUCGCUGCCAUGGCGACUCCCCUGGUCAGACAGCAGAGCGCCCCGUCCUAUAACAAGCUCCACCGGAACGACAGCAUGGGGUCCAUUGGGUCCUCAGAAGAAUUUGGAAGUUCGGUGGAAGACAUCAACGAAGAGACAAUUGAGGAACUUGAGGACUACAUAAAUUGUUCAUCCUCAUCUCUCACACCGAUACCUUCAAUCCCAAAGUCCCGCUCUCUCGCAGUGAUGACGCCACUUCCAGACGAAGAAGAAGAAGCAGACGACAGUAAAUAUGAAGGGAUUUUGAUGACGAACAUUAAACUCUGGAAAUUUUCACAACUGAAAUCUAGUUUGAAGACGUGAUUGUUGUGUGUUUGCUUCGUUAUUUUUGUCUAACAAAGGUCUGUAAUAUACUAUGUGUGCCAUGUACAGAAAUUAAAGGAAAAUCUGUCUAUUCCGCCAACAAUCAAGUUGUUUCAUUAAGGACGCAUUACAGAUCUUUACUGUAUUAGUACUGAAAUUUACCUGUCUUGUUUACCGGAAGUGAUCGACAUGUUGCCAACCGUUCCCUGACAUGACAUGUAAAUUUAUGCAAAUUUCAUUGACAGAUCUAGAGUUACAGACUGUCAUGCACACGCAGGUAAUUACAAAUGUAAAUACAAACGGUUGAAGUCAGUAUAAAGGACUAAAAGCCAAGGCAAAUGGACAAAUGUGACUGUUUUAACAGAACAUUAACACCAAGUACUGCAACAUUGAAAUAAAGGGCAACCAGGAAGACAGGUGUACUGCGAAUGAGUGAAUUUAAAAUGCACCAACAUUUGACCCAAUGGUUCCAUUCUACUAUUCAUCAAAUUCAUUUUUCAUGUGAUGAUUUUUUUUAUUAAUUUUGUUUUAAUUAUUAGUAUUGUUAUAUGAAAACCGUGAUGUUAUGCAAUGACUCUUUUAAUAUUGACAUUGAAAUCAAGCAUUAAAAUUUUGUAAAAUUGU